AUGGACUCCCAAAGAGACGUGAUGGAAACCAGAGACCCAGUGGACUCCCAAAGACACUUGCAAGACAAGGACAGUCUUGGAUUAGCAGGUGCUGAAGGCCAUGUUGUGACCUCUAACCUGUCAGCUCAGGAUGGCAGCCAUGUUGUGGCUCCUGUUAUUUCCCAGAAUACCAUUCAGGGAAAUGUCACCACCACCAUCACCAACAUCACCAACAUCACACACAAUCCCAGCCCUGUGGAUUCCAUGGCAACCAACCCCAAACAGGAAACAGGUGAGUCCAAACAGGAAGCAGACCAACAGCCAUUGUUAUCGAAGCUGAAAGCAUUGAUUGUCUCAAAGUACAAGAGAGUGAAAGAAUAUAAUUCCCUACUGGGACAGGAUGUCUUGCUGACUGAUCGCUACACUCAGCUGUUGAUCAUUGAGAAACACAGACAGCAGGAGGAAAGAGAGAAGGAGAUAUGCACGAGUGGAACAGGGUUCUUUAGUGCCAGACAGAGGGAAUAUAAAAGUAUCUCUGUGGACCAGCUCUUUAAGUCUGAUUGUGGAGAGGUUCAAACAGUAAUUCUCCAGGGCAACUCUGGACAUGGCAAGUCCUUCACCGCUCAGAAGAUCAUGUUGGACUGGGCAUCAGGAAGCCUUUACCGGGACCACUUUGAGCUUGUUUUACACAUCUGCUGCAAGGAACUCAACCUUCGAGACAGAAAAGGGGAACUGAGUGUUGUAGAUCUUGUGAGCAUUGACAAGAAAUUUGUCCCACUGGUCCAGAAGAAACUGAAGGAAUCACCAGAGAAGGUGCUUCUCCUUAUUGAUGGAUUUGAUGAACUUCAGGUUCCAGAAAUCCGCAAGUCUUCUGUGAAAGACCUUUCCAGCCCAGCUCAUGUUGAUGCCAUUUUGGACGCUCUAAGUGGAAGCAGACUAUCUGGGUGCCACCUGCUAGUCACCACCAGGCCCACUGCUUCAGACAAACUGAACAAGCUCCUCAAACGUCCAAACGUGCGCUGCACUGAGAUCCUGGGCUUCUCUGAGGAGGGCGUGCUGAACUACUUCAAGAAGUUCUGUAAUGAAAAGGCACUUGACAACGUGAAGGAAAACGAAACUCUCUACACGUCCUGCUUCAUUCCUGUCAUUUGCUGGAUUGUCUGCACUGUAUUCAGGGAGAACAUGGAAAAGCACAUGGAAGUGGCUAAUGCUUUGGAAACAACUACCUCCAUAUUUGUCCACUUUGUGUCAAUUCUGCUUGAGCACCACUGCCAGGGUUUGGAACAGUCCGUGGCAGAUCUGCUGUGGAGCCUUGGCCAGUUGGCAGAGAGUGGGAUACAGAAGCAGCAGGUACUAUUCGACAGGAAGAGUGUGGAAGGCACAGUCUCAGAUCCCACUAGUGUUCCCUUCCUGUGUAAAUUCCUGCUGAAGGAGACAGUGAGAACAAAUGAAAUGUUCAGUUUCAUGCAUAUCAGCUUCCAGGAGUUCUUCACUGCACUUCACUACACCCAAGACGAAGAGAGGGUGAAAGAGCUGCUUACACUAAUGGAGCAACAGGAACUCAAAACCCAUCUCCUACCUGUCAUUCAGUUCCUCUUUGGUCUUGCAAAUAUGAAAGUGGUGCAAGAUCUAAAGGACCUUGAGUUGAUCACCAACAUCUGUUUGGAAAAACAUCUGAAAGAGUGGGUGGUUAAACUCAUUGAAAAGAAAGAUACCAGAAAGUUGCUCUUCACUCUCCACUGUCUGUACGAGCUCCAUGAUGAGGAGUUUGUGAGGGCAGCCAUGGCGAAGUGGGAGAAGGUGAAGUUUGAGUCCAUCCCCCUGACGAGGGCAGACUGCUGGGUGCUGCUGUACUGCCUGCAGUGCUGCCCCACCAUCCCAAGCCUGACGCUCUCACGGUGCAACAUCACACCAGAUAAACUGAGAAUGCUGCAGCCUGCAUUGAACAAAUGUCAGGAGCUGGGGUUAGAGGUGGAUAAGCUGUCAGAUGCUGAUGUUGAUGAUCUGGUCUCAGCUAUGGGAGAAGGAAAGACCCUCAGGCAAUUAUAUGUGGGGAACAGCAGCCUGUCAGAUGAGAGUGUGCAGCAGAUCCUCACUGCUCUCUCCAAGCAGAAGAGUGUGGGUGAAGUUGACCUCUAUGUGAAGACCAUCACCCUCACCACUGGUCAGAGUCUUCUCCACUUCAUGAAGACCACACCUGCUGCAGAGUCAGUGGGGUAA